GCAGAGAGGUUUGGAAAAGUGUGUGGGCGGAAGUGCUUCUCGUGCCAGGUUUCCGGCUCCGGGUCCCCGCGGCUGGGGGUGGGGCGGAGCUGCUGCCUGAAGUUGCAGAGCGGGAUCAUGGCCUCGUUAGGCAGGGGCUGGCGGCGCUGCUGCUCUUGGAGAGCGGCCUCGGGGAGCCCCGGGCUCGGCGCUCUGCGGGGCCCGCCCGAAAGCCGGGGAUGGCCGGCCACCGCCCGCCCCUCGGCCGGCUCCCGGGGUCAGAUGCCUAAUUUCAGUCUUGUGAGAUGUUUAUUAUCCUUUCCAAAUAAGCACAGUAUAUCACGGUUUCAUCACACAACUCUGGCGGUGGGCUGCUAUAGCAAAACACAGAGUGGUGAGAAAUACGCAGACCCAUUUAAGCUUGGCCGGAGAGACCUGACUGAUUUAUAUGAAGAUAUUAAAAAGGAAUUAUUGGUAUCUACAAGAGAACUUAAGGAAAUGUGCGAAUACUACUUUGAUGGCAGAGGAAAAGCCUUUCGACCAAUUGUCGUGGUGCUAAUGGCCCGAGCUUGCAAUGUUCAUCAUAACAAUUGCCGUGAUAUGCAAGCAAGUCAGCGUACCAUAGCCUUAAUUGCAGAAAUGAUCCACACCGCUAGUCUGGUUCAUGAUGACAUUAUUGACGAUGCAAGCUCUCGAAGAGGAAAACACACAGUUAAUCAGAUCUGGGGUGAAAAGAAGGCUGUUCUUGCUGGCGAUUUUAUUCUGUCUGCAGCUUCUGUAGCUUUGGCACGAAUUGGAAAUACAACCAUUGUUUCUGUUUUAACACAGGUCAUUGAAGACUUGGUGCGUGGUGAAUUUCUUCAGCUGGGGUCAAAAGAAAAUGAGAACGAGAGAUUUGCUCACUACAUUGAAAAGACCUUUAAGAAGACUGCAAGUCUCCUAGCCAACAGUUGUAAAGCAGUCUCCAUCCUAGGGUGCCCUGACCCAGCAGUUCACGAAAUUGCCUACCAAUAUGGAAAAAAUAUUGGCAUCGCAUUUCAGCUGAUAGAUGACGUCUUGGAUUUCACUUCAUGUACUGACCAGCUGGGCAAACCAGCGGCAUCAGAUCUGAAACUUGGAUUAGCCACUGGUCCGGUCUUAUUUGCUUGCCAGCAGUUUCCAGAAAUGAAUGCAAUGAUAAUGAGACGGUUCAGUUUACCAGGAGAUGUCGAACGUGCUUGGCAAUACGUACUGCAAAGUGAUGGUGUGCAACAAACAACCUACCUCGCCCAACAAUAUUGCCAUAAAGCAAUAAGGGAGAUCAGUAAACUCCGACCAUCUCCUGAGAGAGAUGCCCUCAUCCAACUCACAGAAAUUGUACUCACACGAGAUAAAUGACAUCUCUCCAUUUUCUGUGGCAGCUAUUUACCAGACCGUGCCUAAGCGAUUUUAUGGAACUUUUUUUUUUCUUUCAUUGCAGAUUACCAAAAAUCAUUUUUUAAAAAAAUUAUUUCGACCUUGUUUAUUGGCAAUUUUUAAAAGAACUUUUUAAAGCCAGUUGUACUGAAGGAAGCCAUAAACUGUGUCAUUAAACCAUCUGAAUCUGUCCUUGGUUCCAGUGCUGUAAACUUUAAUGGGGGGUUUUAUUUAUGUGUGAUAUUGUUUACAAUGUUAAUAUCCACAUGUAAGGCCAUAAUAAGAAUAAAUAAUCAAUGUUUAAAAGAUUUGGAUUUUUCACCUUUCCUAUAAGACAUUUGGGAAUAUAAAAAUGACAGAGAAACAGCAAACUUCAGAUUCAAACUUAAAUUUUGGU